AUGGCUCUGCAAAACCUCACGUGCCAUUACGACAAACCCAUGAGCUUUUUCUACAACAACAGCGGCGCAGUUGACAAAUGGGACAAGACCCAGCUCAUUCUGGUUCAAGUGGUGGGCUCGCUCUUUUGCUGUUUCAUCCUGCUCUCCAACGCCAUGGUCAUCGCAGCUGUCAUUACUAACAAGAGGUUCCAUUAUCCUUUCUACUAUCUCCUCGCUAACCUCGCUGCCUCGGACUUUUUGGCGGGCAUAGCGUAUGUGUACCUCAUGUUCAACACGGGUGAGGUCUCACGGAAACUGACAGUGAAUGGAUACUUUAUCCGGCAAGGUCUUCUGGACAUCAGCCUGUCCGCCUCACUGGCCAACUUGCUUGUCAUUGCGCUUGAGCGUUACAUCUCCAUCAUGAACUUUAAAGUCCACAGCAACCUGACCAAAAGGAGGGUGACCCUGCUUAUCGUACUGGUGUGGGGCAUCUCUAUCUUCAUGGGUGCUGUGCCCAGUCUAGGAUGGAACUGUAUCUGCAACUUGAAUGACUGUUCCCAGCUAGCCCCCAUUUUCAGCAGGGGCUACUUGAUAUUCUGGUCAGUGUCUAACCUCGUCGUGUUCCUAGUGAUGGUGGCGAUUUACAUGAGGAUUUACGCCUACGUCAAGAAGAAGACGUCGUUGCUCACCCCACACACCAGUGGUUCCAUUAACCGAAAGAGGACACCUAUCAAACUCAUCAAAACCGUCAUGGUGGUACUUGGAGCCUUUGUGAUCUGUUGGACUCCCGGCCUGGUGGUUCUACUGCUGGAUGGUCUCAACUGCACCAACUGCAAGGUCAUGAAACUAAAGCGUUGGCUUCUUCUCCUGGCAGUACUGAACUCUGUCAUGAACCCCUGCAUUUACUCCUACAAGGACGAAGAAAUGUGGGCAACCUUCAAGAACCUCAUGCGAUGCAUCGGCAACGGUACUCGGCGACAGCGCUCCACGAGAGCCAACACCCGGCCGCUCAGCUCGACCCAGGAAACGGGCAACAGCAAGCCGCCUUCUGAAGAGAUGAAAAACGGCGAUCAUGAGAUCUACCAGACCUGA